GCUACACUUCUCGACGCAUACAAAUACAGUUAGACCACAACGCAGCCAAGCUUGCAGUCGCAACUUGCAACAACAUACUGCUUUGCGCGCGCUCCAACGACUUACGCCUCUGCCCGCGCCAUAAGCUUCACUCAAUCCUAGGCUAGUGUACAGGCAAUCGUCGGGCUAGGAGCCGCGCAGCCGCUUGUCGGCGCGUUCCCCUCCGAAUUCAAACUUCAGCCACCCGACUCCGCGAGAAUGACGAGCAUGUAUGUUCUCAAGCGCGAUGGCCGGCAGGAGCCGGUCAUGUUUGACAAGAUUACAGCGCGCAUCGUCAAGCUGGCGUAUGGCCUGAACCCGGACUUCUGCGACGCGGUGCUGGUCGCCCAGAAGGUGGCUGGUGGUGUCUACAAGGGUGUCACCACCUCUGAGCUGGAUGAGCUGGCUGCUGAGACCGCUGCCGCGCUCACCUCCACCCACCCCGAUUAUGCCAUCCUCGCGGCGCGUAUCGCUGUGUCCAACCUGCACAAGAACACCGAGAAGUCGUUCAGCAAGACCAUGGACAAGCUGUACACCUACCGCAAUCCCCGCAACGGCGAGGAGGCUGCGCUCAUUGCCAAGGAUGUCUAUGACAUCAUUGUGCAGAACGCCCAGCGUCUGGACAGCGAGAUCCGCUACGACCGCGACUUUGACUACGACUACUUUGGCUUCAAGACUCUGGAGCGCUCCUACCUGCUGCGCAUCGACGGCAAGGUGGUGGAGCGCCCCCAGCACAUGCUCAUGCGCGUGGCGGUCGGCAUCCACAAGGAGGACAUUGAGUCGGCCAUCACGACGUACCACGCCAUGUCGGAGCGCUGGUUCACCCACGCCUCGCCCACGCUGUUCAACGGCGGCACCCCCCGCCCCCAGCUGAGCAGCUGCUUCCUGCUGGCCAUGCGCGACGACUCCAUUGACGGCAUCUACGACACCCUCAAGGAGUGCGCCGUGAUUUCCAAGUCGGCUGGCGGCAUCGGCCUGUCCAUCCACUGCAUCCGCGGCACUGGCUCCUACAUCCGCGGCACCAACGGCACCAGCAACGGCAUCGUGCCCAUGCUGCGCGUGUUCAACGACACCGCCCGCUAUGUGGACCAGGGCGGCGGCAAGCGCAAGGGCGCCUUCGCCAUCUACAUGGAGCCCUGGCACGCCGACGUGUUUGACUUCCUGGACCUGCGCAAGAACCACGGCAAGGAGGAGGCGCGCGCCCGCGACCUGUUCUACGGCCUGUGGAUCCCCGACCUGUUCAUGGAGCGUGUGGAGGCGGACAAGGAGUGGAGCCUGUUCUGCCCCAACGAGGCGCCCGGCCUGGCCGACUGCUGGGGUGAGGAGUUUGAGCGCCUGUACCUCAAGUACGAGCAGGAGGGCCGCUCGCGCCGCGUGGUGCGCGCGCAGCAGCUGUGGUUUGCCAUCCUGGAGGCCCAGGUGGAGACCGGCAACCCCUACAUGCUGUACAAGGACCACUGCAACCGCAAGUCCAACCAGCAGAACCUGGGCACCAUCAAGUGCUCCAACCUGUGCACGGAGAUUAUCGAGUACACCAGCCCCGAUGAGAUCGCCGUGUGCAACCUGGCCUCCAUCGCGCUGCCCCGCUUCGUGCGCGAGCGCGGCAGCCAGCCCGGCUGGGAGAGCAAGAAGCUGGUGGGCUCGCUGGACGCCGCCAACCGCUUCUUCGACUUCGAGAAGCUGGCUGAGAUGACCAAGAUGGUGACCCGCAACCUGAACAAGAUCAUUGACGUCAACUACUACCCGCACCCCAAGGCGCAGCGCUCCAACAUGCGCCACCGCCCCAUCGGCCUGGGCGUGCAGGGCCUGGCGGACACCUUCAUCCUGCUGGGCAUGGCCUUCGACUCGCCCGAGGCCGCCGAGCUGAACCGCCAGAUCUUCGAGGUCGUCUACCACGCUGCGCUCAGCACCUCGUGCGAGCUGGCGGAGCGUGACGGCCCCUACGAGACCUACGCCGGCUCGCCAGUGUCGCAGGGCGUCCUGCAGCCCGACAUGUGGGGCGUCAAGCCCACCGGCGUUGACGGCCGCUGCAACUGGGAGGAGCUGCGCAACCGCAUCGCGCAGCACGGCGUGCGCAACUCGCUGCUGGUGGCACCCAUGCCCACCGCCUCCACCUCGCAGAUCCUGGGCAACAACGAGUGCUUUGAGCCCUACACCUCGAACAUCUACGUGCGCCGCGUGCUGUCCGGCGAGUUCACCGUGGUCAACCAGCACCUGCUGCACGACCUGAACCGCAUGGGCAUCUGGUCCGCCGACCUGAAGAACGAGCUGGUGGCGGCGAACGGCUCCGUGCUGGAGCUGGAGAUCCCCGAGGAGCUCAAGGGGCUGUACAAGACGGUGUGGGAGAUCAAGCAGCGCACGCUGGUGGACAUGGCCGCCGACCGCGGCGCCUACAUUGACCAGAGCCAGAGCUUCAACGUGUUCAUGCCCGACCCCAACUUUGGCAAGCUGACCUCGCUGCACUUCUACGCCUGGCGCAAGGGCCUCAAGACCGGCAUGUACUACCUGCGCACCAAGGCCGCCGCCGACGCCAUCAAGUUCACGGUGGACCAGCAGGCGCUGUCCAAGAAGAAGACCACCCAGGGCACCUCGGCCGCUACCGCCGCCACGCCCCAGAUGAAGAUGCCCUCCAUGAGCGGCAACCUGGGCUUGACCCCCAACAUCACCGCCGCCGCCGCGUCGCUGCCCUCGACCAGCAACACGCCCGCCGUGUCCAACGGUGGCGCGGCCGCUGGUGGCGACACCGCCGCGGCUCGCCGCGCGGCUCAGCUAGCUCAGCUGGAGCGCGAGCAGCAGCUGGCAGCCAUGGUGUGCAGCCUUGAGAACAAGGACGCUUGCCUGAUGUGCGGCUCGUAAGCGGCUGGCUGGCGCCUGGGCUGCUGACUGGAACGCAGGAGUGCUGACUGGCCGUGCCUGGGUUCGUGGGCAGCGGGCAGGUGACGGGGACUGUGCAAGCGCCCCGCGUGUAGCAUGACAGUUGAGCGUAAGCGCUUUCUUACGCUGCCGGACAGUUGUUGGUGUGUGGCUGCAACGUGGGCAGAGUGAGGCACCCGAGACUGAUGGGCGUGUGCGGGUGGUCUUUUUCCUCUGCCACUGUCUGAGCCGCGUCCCUCAUUGAGCGUGACUUGGUGUUACUAGUUUAGGCGCAAUGCGCAGCCAUCUUAUCCAGUCGCCAGAGCAGACUAUGAUGGCUGUUGCAUGGAGAACGUUUUAGACAGGACGAGUGCGAAGGGGUGGGCCCGCCAUUGCGACUUGCAUCCCGCCUCCGUUAGCACUCAUCCGACAACUUCCUCUCCCUUCCACAAUUCAUUCACUCUUUGACUGACUGACUAGAUGACUGUGUACGUACGGCCGAAUCGGAUGUCGCGCUUCAAUGUGCAUACGUGUUGAUGGAUUCCAAAGGAUGGAAGACUUGCUGACGAGCAGGGUGAAGAGGACGGUGUGAGCGGUGUGCAGCCCAUGCAUUGUGGGCAUUGUAGGAGUAAGCGAGCAGCAGCAGUUGCUGCCAAGGAAAUGAUCGAAGCCACACGUGAGCACAUAUGUAACACGUAAUUUCC